UUUUUUAGGUUUUAUUUGGGAUGUCUUUCUUACUGCUUCUUAAAGCAGCUUUUUAGUACAAUAAUUAAAUUUUUUUCUACUAAAAAGUUGCUUGAAGAGCUUAAAGAAAGCCGUCCCAAUCAAGGAAAAUUAUUAGGUCCGGUCACCGGACCUAUCUCUGCAUUCGGACACCAAUAGAAUGUUGACAGUUGACAGUUGGAACUUCCACGUGGAAUUUUUUUUGUUGUAUUAUUCUUCUUUUAUGUCUUAUCAGCCCGAGCGACCCACCCUGCCUGAAAACACGAUUUAUUUGAAAUUAUGAAUACCAAAAGGCGGGAAGAAAGCUUCGACCAUACUUGCCACACUCUCUAACAUCAGUUCUCAGCAGUUCUUUAAAUACUUCGGCAUUUUCAUUCUCCAGGAGCUCGUCGAUGGCAGGCGAAGUUGGGAAAAAUCUGUAGUAAAGCUUCUGAUCUUUGAACAUAUUCCAGCAUGUUUCAUGACAAUUUUGAAUCCAGCUAGUUUCUAUCGUUGAUUCCAGCAGUUUUUAAGGCUGAGAUGCACUUUCCAGCCUGCAUUGAAGAUUAUACUGGGUUUAACAGCCAUUUCCAGCUGAUUUUCCGCCUGUCAAUAGUUGUUAUAGUUAUAAUAGAGAUUGUUCAUCUUGUGAUAGUGUUGCUGAUAAUAGGAAGACUGGUUUUUGCUCCAUUAGCUCUCUGGACCUUCCUUGCUCAUAAAUUCUGGACAAUCUUGUCAUCAGACGAUGCUGUGGAGAAGUUUCUGCAAGCCCAGCAAAGCCUCUCGCCAACAAGAUAUGCAUAUACAGACAUUAUUGCCCUCACAAGACACUUCAAAGAACAAUUGGGAAGAGGAGGAUUCGGCUCAGUUUACAAAGGCGAGCUCCCUGGUUCCCAUUUUGUAGCUGUUAAGUUACUCUCUGCGUAUUCCAAGUGCCAUGGAGAUGACUUCAUCAGUGAAGUCUCCACAAUUGGAAGAAUUCACCACCUGAACGUCAUUCGGCUUGUCGGAUUCUGCUCAGAAGGUUCAAAAGCAGCACUUGUCUAUGAGUACAUGCCUAACAAAUCACUUGACAAAUACAUCUUCUCCUCAAAUAGAUGCUUUUCAUGGCAGAAACUUAACACCAUAGCUCUUGGUGUGGCUAGAGGUGUUGAUUACCUUCACCGCGGCUGCGACAUGACCAUUCUGCAUUUCGACAUCAAGCCUCAGAACAUUCUCUUAGAUCAAACCUUCGUCCCCAAGGUCUCAGAUUUCGGGCUUGCAAAGCUAUACCCAAAGGAGUAUAAUGUAGUCUCCGUCAGUGCUGCAAGAGGAACAAUUGGAUACAUUGCUCCAGAGCUCGUGUCAAGGAACUUUGGAAUCAUAUCUCAUAAAUCAGAUGUGUAUAGCUUUGGAAUGUUAUUGAUUGAGAUGGCGUCGGGUCGAAGGAAUGUUGACACCAAUGCUGAUAGUUCAAGUCAGAACUAUUAUCCUUCUUUGAUAUAUGAUAAGCUGAGUUAUAAAGCUAAGGAAGAGAUCAAAUUUGAGAGUUUGGAGAUGAAUGAAGUGGAGAAGAAGCUGUACUUAGUUGGGCUUUGGUGCAUUCAAAUAAGGCCAUCUGAUCGACCUUCUAUGAAUCAAGUUGUGCAGAUGAUAGAAGGAGAUGCAGACCACUUGGAAUUACCACCAAAGCCUUUCUUCUCUUGGUCAUCUUCAAUCUCUAGAACUUUGCAUUCUGAUAGCACUGCUACUACACAACUGUCAGUUAUUGGGAAGAUGAUAGCAGCUGAAUUACAUUAAUAUAUUAACAUAAAA